CGCCGCCUUCAACCCUGUACUCCACCGCCCCCUCGCGUCCCCGCCGCGAACCCGCUCCUCCUGCUUCCCCGCAGCCCCUGCGCUCGCGUGCACGCGCUUGCUUGCCUGCUUCCUGCAGACGCUGCCAGCCGGGCCAUGGCGAUCUGCUUUAGGCUGCGGAGCUGCUGGGCCGCGCGUCUUCUCCCGGCUCCUUCGAGCCGCGGUCCCCUCCCCCGCCCUGGCGCUGGCAGCUGGGUGCCUGCGGCGCCGCCCGCGCCGGGCAGGGCCCAGGCCCGCGGCUAUGCCGGAACCCCGGCGGGCCUCCCCGCGGCGCUGCUGCGCACCGACGGCUUCGUGGGCGGCCACUGGCUCCCGGCCGCCGCCACCUUCCCCGUGGACGACCCGGCCAGCGGCGCUGCGCUGGGCCAGGUGGCCGACUGCGGGGUGUCCGAGGCCCGCGCCGCCGUACGCGCCGCCUACGAGGCUUUCUGCAACUGGCGGGGGGUCCCGGCCAAGGAGAGGAGUUUGUUACUUCGGAAAUGGUAUGACUUAAUGAUUCAAAAUCAGGACGACCUUGCCAGGAUAAUCACAGCUGAAAAUGGAAAGCCGCUGAAGGAGGCCCAGGGAGAAAUUCUGUAUGCUGCCCUUUUCCUGGAGUGGUUUUCAGAGGAAGCCCGCCGCAUUUAUGGAGACGUCAUCUAUACCCCAGCAAAAGACAAGAGGGGCCUGGUCCUCAAGCAGCCUGUGGGUGUGGCCGCGGUCAUCACGCCGUGGAAUUUCCCCAGCGCCAUGAUCACCCGGAAGGUGGGGGCUGCGCUGGCUGCCGGCUGCACUGUGGUGGUGAAACCUGCUGAAGACACUCCCCUCUCAGCCCUGGCCCUGGCAGAGCUUGCAAACCAGGCCAGAAUUCCUCCAGGAGUAUUCAAUGUUGUUCCCUGCUCUCGAAAGAAGGCCAAGGAAGUAGGGGAAGCUCUUUGUACUGAUCCUCUCAUAUCCAAAAUUUCCUUUACUGGCUCAACAGCUACUGGAAAGAUACUGUUGCGCUAUGCUGCAGACUCCGUGAAAAGGGUCUCCAUGGAGCUAGGUGGCCACGCUCCAUUCAUUGUGUUUGAUAGUGCUGACGUGGACCGGGCGGUAGCAGGGGCUCUGGCAUCUAAAUUUAGGAACUCUGGACAGACCUGUGUUUGCUCUAACCGUUUCCUGGUACAAAGGGGUAUCCAUGAUUCCUUUGUGAAAAAAUUUAGUGAAGCAAUGAAGAGAAGCCUGCGAGUGGGUAAUGGAUUUGAGGAGGGAACUACUCAAGGCCCAUUAAUUAAUGAAAAGGCAGUGGAGAAGGUAGAGAAACAUGUGAGUGAUGCAGUCUCCAAAGGGGCCACCAUUGUCACAGGCGGGAAGCGACAUCAAUUUGGAAAAAAUUUCUUUGAGCCCACCCUACUUACCAGCGUCACCCAGGACAUGCUUUGCUCUCAUGAAGAGACUUUUGGGCCCCUGGCACCAGUUAUCAAAUUCGAUACAGAGGAGGAGGCUGUGGCGAUCGCUAAUGCCACUGAAGUCGGGUUAGCAGGUUAUUUUUACUCUCAAGACCCAGCCCAGAUCUGGAGAGUGGCAGAGCAGCUGGAAGUUGGCAUGGUUGGCGUUAACGAAGGGUUGAUUUCCACCGUGGAGUGCCCUUUCGGUGGGGUGAAGCAGUCUGGCAUUGGGCGAGAAGGGUCAAAGUAUGGCAUUGAAGAGUAUCUAGAACUCAAGUAUGUGUGUUAUGGAGGGUUAUAGGAUUCUUCAGUCCUUCAAAAUAUAAAAAUAAAAAGGAAGCUUACCUCCAUAUGUGGGGACAUGCCAUCCAUUAUUUUGAAUAGAUGUUUGGGGUCUUCAUAGAUGAUCUGAAAUACAAAUUUUUAAAAAACUCAUCCAGUCCUUGUAAUCUUAAGCAGGUCUUGCCAAUCCCAUCCCUUCCAUUACUUUACUAGGGUCUAAUAGGUGCCACAUGCUAGUGGCUGCAGGCUCCAGGAAAGCCAGCGUCGAAGCCCUGGGACCUAGCACACCCCGUCUGCCUCACAGCCAAGCUCAGAGGAGGCAGGGUGGCCUUUCAGCCUGGUCUCAAAGGCUGAUUACUGACUGUGCACUGACAGAACCAUCUGCAGCGUGGUUCAAGAUCCUGGGCCCAGAGGCUGCCUGGGAGACCCCUGAGUGUGAGCAAUGGGCUGGUCAAGGGGCCCAAUACCCCCUCCCUGGCCAUCGGCCCACUGGGCGCUAACGACUUAUUGUAUCUUGGGAGGUGUUGCAGCAGAGGUAGAAUUACUUGGCUUUUAAAGAUUUCUGAAAUAGCAGAGAAUUGCCUCUGCUUUUAUGAGGAAGGAAGGAGCACCUCUCCCUUUUUCUGGACCGUUUUUUAAAUUGAAGUUUCAUCAUUCUAAAUUUACUGCUUAAGGAUUAUAUUUUCAUUUCUAUUUGGUUUUCUGUUUAAUUUUUUUUUUUUCCUUAGGAAUUGAGACUAAGCAUAAAGAAAAUACUAGCAGAAACAGCUUGGUAGAAGCUAGGCCUGACCCCUUACUGAGGAGCUCAGUUACCUUGUACCGGCUGUUCAAUAUUUCCCAUCCCUCAGGUGGAGUAGAGGGUCUAUAAAAUGUCUUACUCACCUCCAUGGGGUUUUGUGAGCUUAAGAGAAAAGUGAAAAUACUUCGUGCCAAAAUGAAAAUUCCGUGUAAGUGCAGGAGUCCUUGUAUUAUUAGCAGCACCCUCCCCGCCCUGUGGCUUUGCCCAGGUGAUGGGAGGCUGGUGCCCACCUGUCCGCCCACCUGAGCCCGAGUAAGUGGUUGUCACUGCAGCCUGCUCUUCCCGUCCUCAGGUAGUGCUGCUCCUUCUCUGCCAAAAAAGCAAAAGCGCUUUCACCACUGUAGUCUCAAAAGGGAGAAUUUCCAUAUUGUCAGUCCACCUGAGGCUUGAAUUUCAGGCACCUUUUACCUGAAGAGUUUUUAAAGCUUUGCACGAAAAGCCCCAUGACCCCCGUUGCCUCUCACCCUCAGAGAGGAACUUGGAUCCAGAAAAUCAUAGUUGCUUCUGGGCAUGUGUGAGGUCAGCUCUCCCACCCGUCCUGACACUGAGGCAUAGGAACGCAGGCUGUUCCUGGCUGGACAUGCAGAGAUGAAACUCCUUCCUUUCCCACCCUCCCUGGGUGCAGAAUCCACUGACAUUCUGGGGCAUUCUGGGUAAUGGAAGGAAGCCGUGAAUGAAAGCAGUGCUAGAUGCAGUUGCUCCAGAAGCCCACCCAGGACGUAGCCUCCCUCACUGUCCAAUCGAUGGUGGGAGAAGGGGACUGUGGUCGAAAAAUUAAAGGGUCUGGAAAGUCCCUGUGCAUGCAGGGGUGGCUGCUAGGCCUGAGGCCGCUUCGCAUUUGGCCUGGAUUAUACCAGCCACACCAAUGCCAAGGAGAAGGAAUGAGCUCAUAUUAGUUUCCCAUGAACACUGCCCAUCUCCUGUCCAGAACCACAUAUUCACAGUUAACUGCUACUCUUUAGUUUUAUAGUUCUAAAUUAUUUCAAAUAACAUUCUAAUUACUUAUGACUUGGGUGUGUCCAUCUUUUUUCUAUGAAGAAUAAAAAUGCUCUGACGUUAUUUUUUAGAAGUUUGGAAUACUGAUGCAAAUAAAUGCAACUUUGUAAGCCAGUGGCUUUCUUGAAUGGGUGGCAAAUUUUGAGCUUUCUUGUGUAUUUGGCUUACCAGGUACAUAAAUUAAAGUCCAGACACUCAUUGCAAUAUCCUUGAUUAAUUUUGUAGUUAAAAUAACUUGUAAAGGAAAUAAUAUAUUGUCUAGUAAAAUGGUACUGGACGUGGGAAGGGAGAGAAGGGGUCUUUAAAUAAACAUUUUUUUGUUAUUUUUCAAUAAGGUAACCAUAUGUGAUGAAUGGGAUAGUUUUUAAAAUGUAUUUUACAACAUGAAAUAGAAAGGGACCAUUAGAAUGGGGGCUGGCAAACUACAACCCACAAACCAAAUCUGGCCUGCCACCUGUUUUCUGUAUAAUUUGUGGGCUAAGAAUGUUUGUUUGUUUGUUUUUAAUUUUCAAAUAGUUUUAAAAAAAAAUCUAAAAAGAAUAACAUUUCAUGGCACAUGAAAUACAGGAAAUCCAGACUUCAAUAUCCAUAAAUUGUUUUAUCAUAAUACAGCCGUGUCCAUUCAUUUACAGAAUGGUCUCUGGUUUUUCAUGCAGAGUUGAAUAGCUAUGACAGAGACGAUGUAGCCUACAGAGCCUAAAGUAUUUCCUGUUUGGCUUUUUAUAGAAAAGUUUGCCAACCCCUGAUCUAUACCGAGAAGGAGAUAUUGACCUUUUUGGGUUUAUUGGGCAUUAUUUGAUUUAACUGACUACUACUGUGUAAAGGUACUUUUCUGGACAUUGCUAUAGUGAGUUCACACCAAGAGCUUUCCAGCAAUUAUCACAUAACUCAGAUGAAAUUACCCAGAUAACAAGAGUCCAGUGCCCUUGAAAAAUCACUUCUUGCUUCUUUGCUAACUCCAGCUAUGCAGAGAUUCCCUUAUUUAAAGAGCUGGUUUGCAUCUGAUAUCUAUCUGAUUGAGAGGCUUUUAAAUUAUUUUAUGUAAAAAAAUGCUUCUUCUUUUCUCCAUAUCUAUCUUAAUUCUUAUGGAAACACUCAGUGAAAAUAACAACCAGAAGCACAAUGUAAACAAAUCUAUUUUAUCGUUAACUUAUGUUUUUAAUUUUAAAUUGUGCCAUCUCUGAAGGCUGGGUCCCAGUAUUCUAAUUACUCAUCUUUAGCUAUUUUUAGGUAGCAUUUUAAUUUAAUAAUAUUUAUGCUGUGAUUUUUUUCAUGCUACUCUUUGUAGGAUAAACUUGGUAAUAAGUGUAAUGGUGAAUAUAUAAACAUUUUGCUUUUUAAACAUGUGCACAACUCAUUUUUCCAGUUUUUAAUAACCAUAUAUAUAUAUGUAUAUAUGUAUCAGUGACUUGUUGAUAGAGUGAUGUGUGUAUGUGA